UCCCAUCGCCCAGUCAGCUGCAAACAUGGCAGCGGCCGCUCGCAGGCUUCCCUACGCUGCGGUGGCGGCUCUGACGACGAAGCGGAACGGUCACAGGCAUAAAUAAGAAGGACCGGUCCACCUUUUACCUCCUCCGUCUCCCUCCCCCCUUCCUCUCCCUCCCGCCUCCACUCAUAAUGUGGAAGCUCAGCAAGAGCAGUAAAGUCCUCCUGGAUGAUUCACCAGAGGAAGAAGACAGCCAUCGGCAAGAAACGCCAUCUCCACCAUUGCCAGCAGGCACCUUUUCAGCUCAGACUAAGAACAAGGAUUCAUGUCUUCAGGAUGAAGUAACAUCUUCUGUUUCACAACUCGCAACAAAGGUUCAAGGUGCAGGUUUUCGGGGUUGGAAAGAAGUAACCUCCAUAUUCAAUAAAGAUGAUGAACAACAAUUAUUAACAGGAUGUAGAUCUCCAAAAUCUAAAGGAACAAAUACGAAACUUAAAGAAGAUUUAAAAUCAGAAAAGAAAGGUGGAUUUUGGGACAGCUUGGUGAUAAAACAGAACACCCAUUCCAGGAAACCCGAUGAGAUUGAAGGAUGGGAACCUCCUCAGAUUCCUGCCAGUGACCACCUCAAUGAUGCAGAAAAUACUCUAAGUGACUCUUCAUCUUGGUCAGGCUGGGAAGAUGCAACCAAAGGCUCAACAAAGUACACAAACCUGGCAAGCUCAGGGAAUAGUUCAAGGUGGAGUAUUAAAUCAGCUGGAAGGUUGGUCAGCAUUAGGCGACAAAGCAAAGGUAACCUUACUGAUAACUGGGAAGAACUAGAAUGAUAUAAAGUGUUAAGUGUGACAAAGUGGAGCAUUUCAGCUUCAGUGUAUUCCAUGUUUUUUUUGCAAGAAUAGCCAGUCUGAAUCUGGGAUGCAUUUAUAGAAUACAUCUAGAAUAUUAUGAACCUGUUCCACAAAUGCUAGCACAAACCCAGAAUACUUGGAUCCACCCAGUCCAUAGGAAAAAGUGCAAGUUUUGGUCUGCAUGUAUCUGCAAAAGAUGUGGAAUAUUCUAAAUAUUGUUUUAGAUUAGAUGAUUUAUGUAUGUACUUAAACCAAAUCAAAAUACUACAUCUUUUUGCAGAACUGCAUUAUUCAAAUUCUUUAAUAGUUGACUCAUUGGUUUCUUAGACCUAAUAUUUCCUCACUGAACAAAAUUCAACACCAACUUUGUGCCUAUAAUUUCCACAUUCACACUGUCUUAUCAUCUUGAGUUGCUCUUUAAAAACUGAAAUGGUUGUAUACACUGGUUGAAUAUUGACUGUGUUAAUGUAAGAUUCAGAUUUCUUGAACUUCAGGUAAAUUUUUUGAAUGCUUUCCCUGUUUUGUGAAAAUGCUAGUUUGUAGCUGAUACCUCAUUGUUCUGGCUUUAUAAUGGUCCCUAAUAGGGACAUUUUGACCUGCCCAAAUUCUGUUUUUUUUUCUAAAAUACCAAAUCAAAUAUAAGGCAGAAGAACACCAAAGUUUUUCUUCUGUUGCAAACGUGCCACAGAUGCAUGUUUGCAAUAGGAGAAAAACUGUUUCUGUAUAUUAAUAGUGCUUCUGCGUAUUGUGGUGUUGUACUAUUACUCAGCUAAAGCAGACGUGCAAUCACCCUGAAUCAUAUACUGCAAACACAACUCAGAUGUCAGCCUAAGCACAAAUUCUGUCCUUACAAAAGUAGUUGCAUAUGGUUUGACUCCACUUUGUAGCAAAAAUAGAAGCAAGAACUCCUCAUCUGAGCAAAUUUGAAUAAUAUGGAAACUUUUCAGAUUGCUGUUGCUACUCAGCUGAGUCAUUGUAUGUAUUACCAUCAUUGCUGAUAAUAACGUUGCAUAUUGUGAGGUAUUUUUAGGCUGUUGUAUUAUUUAGAAAACUAGGAAAUCAAGCCUUUCAUAAAGUCCGGCCUAUAAGAAAUGUUAUCGCUCAGUUUAUGCACAAUCCUUUUAUAGAUUAAUUGCUUUUCAAUAUUUGUCCUUGCAUCCUUUGUCCACAUGAUCCUCUUUAUCUUUGCUGCUAUGUAAGAUUUAAUUGGUUAUGCUCUUUCUUUACAUCUUCCUGGAGACAAAUUUCUGUCUUGGCUGUCUACAAAUGCUUAUUUUAAUUUGCUGUUAACACAAUUUAUUUGCUAGCUACUGCUAAAUUUAUUACUGAAGAAUAAUAAUUUUUCAUAGUGCAAAGAAAAUAGAAGAAAUGUACUCUUGACAUUAAUGUGGGAGUUCUUACAGGAUAUUUUUAUAUAUACAUUUAUUGAAAAUUGUUACGUGUAUGCGCUUAGCAUGAUAGAAGACACUGUACUUUUGUAUGCAUAUGUGCCCCCGUGAAAGAAGAAAGAGAUGCAAUAACUUUGUUGGAAUAACUUCCUUCCACAAGGAAACACAUUUGAUAAAUGCUUUUUUGCAUUCUUCAUUAUAAGCAUCUUUUCCAGUCUUUUGAUUGCUUCAUGUAUGAAGUUCCCUUAAAGACUAGAGAUUAAAACUUGCUAAAAAUUAUUUUAUACAUAAUACAGUGGAACCUCCGGUCACAACUGUGAUUCCGUUCGGUUGCAACCCAAUUUGGUUGUGACAGGAAACAAAAUUGACUGUGCAUGCACAGACCCAAAAAAAAAAUGGCACGGAAGGGGAAAUUGCUACAGCAAGGAAAAUCGCUGCAGCUGUAUUUGGUCACCACCUGAAGAUAUGUUCACGACCAGAUGCAAAAAUUUUCUGAAAUUUUUGGUCGUUAAUCAAUUUGGUCAUGGACAGAAGUGUUUGCGACCUGAGGUUCCACUGUAUGACCUUGUGAAUGGAAUCCAGUAAUUUUGAAUUGGAGAAGACAGUUACAGUUAAAUGAGAAGCUACCAAAGAGCCAUUGCUCAGCUUACUACUAAUACUACUGAUUUCAAAAAUGAAUAAAAUAUUAAAAGUGCCUUGAAUUAUAAUUGCUCUAGAAAUGUUUGGUUAGAGAAAUUUACUUUUUCUUCCUCAUCCUUAGAAAACUUUGAUUAUUUUUUUAUUUCAGGUUUUGCAAAAUGAGUAUCUAAUCAAGGAUGGUAGCUUAUUUCUUGCCUCUUAGUUACCAAUCCUUACUUGAAACUGAUAUUGAGCAUGCAUGCCACUGCUUAUAGAAUGACCUGCUUAGCAAUAUAGAAACUAAAAAUCUUCAUUCAAAAUUUCUUUUUUAAGGAUCAGGUUUUUUACAGGACUGUUUUAUAACUAUGCAGAAUAUUUCCAAGAUAUAAUUCCUCCCUACUGGUAAAAGCUUCAAAUUAUAUAUAAAAAAUGAAGUAUCAUACUAUACAGACAAAAUUUAUGGUUACAGUCCAGAGAUACAAUAUCUCUGUCAUACAACAAGAUUUUAAAGCCUUUGUCCACCAAGUCAGUACUGUCUUAUGUCUUUAAGCAUACAGAAUUUUUCCUUGCUGCUCUAUUGCACUUCAAGAUACCCUUAUGCCAAGCAGUAUCUUGUGAUCAAAUGACUUGCAUGCAGAUUGUAAAAUUGUGGUGAAGUAGGCUGUCACAACCAGCUUGAAUCCUGAAAGUGGACCAUUAACAAACUUUUUUGCUUUUUGUUUUUUUUUCUACUGACAGUUGUAUUUCAAGUAAUGGCAUUGGCCCUAUGUUGAGGAAUGAUAGACAUUUUUUUUUCUUUUCAAACACCAAAUUGUAAACUUGUAGCCUAAACAUAAUUGCUAUGGAAGAAUGGGAUUUUAUAGUAUUAUUAUAGCUGAACUAAGAAUUUAGAAAAAGAUUUGUUUGGGCAAAUUAAAACAGUAUCCAAACCAUUGAGACUAAAAGUAUAUUAAGAACCCUUUCAAGUUCAGAGAAAACUUUACAAAUAUGCAUGUUCUGUUGAAAGUGAUUUACUGACUGAUUAUGCUAGUGUGUAUCCUAAUUUCUUUAAAUUAAUUGAAAGUAAUUCCAGAAUAUAGCCAUUUUCUUUAUGCAAAGACUUUUUCGGUUUACAGUUUAUGGAAGAUGACCAUACAAAAGAAGCAAAUGUAUGUUGGCAUUGAGAUCCAACAGAGAAACAAAUCCAGGAGUGCAACUUAAAAGAGUCAAAUAUGUAUUCUUAUUUACCAUUUAUCAAAACCUUUUUAUACUGUGACAAAUAGAAGCUCUGCCUUGUAUAUGACACCUGUCAAGUGCCUGUAUUUCACCUUGAUGUCAUUUCUGUGAUGUCCAGAUUAAUUCCAUGUAUAAUAAUAUUCACACAUUUGUCCUAUAUUUAUAUAGACAAAGAUGGGUAGAUUUACAAAACUCAGUCCUAUUGUAAAACGAAUUCCACCAUCUGCAUCCUAUGUGUUGGCUUAAGCUUUGGCAGUAUUAGUAAUGAAUUGUGAUGAUGUAGCUAAUCUACCUGAGAAGCAGAACUGAUAUGAAUGGUUUAGCCCCACUGUUACAAAUGCUAUUUUGUUCAUUGGCCACAGUCUUGACUGGCAAUACUUUAAUACAAUCUUCACAAAACCCAUGGACCACAAGUUAUUCCUCUCUGACUAGCACUUCAAAUUAUAUAUUGAGUGAUGGCUCACCAUAGAAAUUCUAAAAUGCUAUCAGUUGCUCUUCUGGAUCCUUUUGUGUGCAGUAAUGUGCAAUAUGGUCAAUUUGGUCUUAAUGCUGGAUCCCGUGUGCUUCGGAAGUAAGAAAAAGGUCAAAAGAUUACGCCUAAAGUGAAAAUUUGAGAUAUAUAAGUUAUUGCCUACUGUAUUAAAGCUAUAGAACUUCUUUUAUAAACACGCACAGAUUUUAUCAAAAGUUGAACAUUGUUACAUUGGUUUCUGUAUGUUUAAUAUCAAAAUUCAUGGGAUAUAAGUGUCCUUCACUUUGGCUGGUUUAUGUCCAUGUUUUCCUAAAGCAGAACUACUUAAUACUUAAAGGCAAUGAUUAAAAUUUUAAUAUAAUUUAUUGAUGUGCUUUUGUAGAUUUUUAAAAUAUAAUUUUCCUUGUGAAUAUUUGCUUGACAACUUAUUAUUUGUAUUUUUCAUAUAUCACUACUUUGAUAUGUGUCAGUCUUUCUUUAAACAAUCCAUACCCUUUUUCUUUUUGUAACUAUUUGAUUUAACUAUAUUAGUUUUAAGAACAUUGCUUGAAAGUUGCACAAAUGUAACUGUUCAUACGUUGUUCAUGUUGCCUUUUCACUGCAUCUAUGCAUAAUACUUGGCUUGAAGUCAAUGAAGGUGAAAUGCUUUAUGUGACUUUAAUUAGUCACUUAAUGCUCAUGUUUCCUUUUCUGUAUUUUAUUAGUUUUACUUAAAAAUAGUAUUUUCACAGAUGAAUAAAAACUUAAUUAAA